GACGUCCGCUGGCGCAUCAGAAACACGUGGGAUAGUGAAAGUUGCAGUCGAUCUCUAAAGUACCUGCAGUCUCUUCUCCUAAGUCCUUUUGAAUUCUCCUAUCCACUAUCCCUUAACCCCGUGACCUUUCACUCAGAGGUCAAGGAAUAGGAGAUAGGGUUAGACGUUAGGAGCUGAUUUUAGGAUUAUUCGACUGCAGCCCUGGUCUUUCUGGGACUUGAACCGGCCCCCAGCCAAGUCCCCAUGCAUUUAGGCGCCACCUAAUUGAUGGUUAUUUCCAAAUUCUAUUUUUUGUUUUCCAAUGAAAGACCACAUUUGACUUUCGUUGUUGUUAAAAUGGGAAUGUUUUGGUGUUUUGAAAGAAAGCAAAUACUGGGAAGUAGUAGUAGUGUUUCAAUAAAGCUUUAGAUACUUAACAAAUGAAGUGUUUACAUAAAAACACAUUUCAGAUGCAGACCCAAGGACACGGUACAAUGUUAAAUACUAUCAGAGGUUAAAUAAUGAUAAAACACAAGCGCGGGUGAUCAUGGAGCAGACAGUCAAAGUAGACGGGAAUGAUCGAGACAGGUGAUUCAGGGGAAACAGGAUGGUGAGCACUGCAGUGAGCAGGCUGACCUGAACAGUUAUUUAAUAUCUUCUCACACUCUUCUCUGUCUGUGUUUCAGGUGAAGACGUCUGGUCGUACGCUAAGAAGCUACCGCACUUAUUCCAGCAGGGCGGCGUCUUCUACAACAUCGUGAAGAAGGACAUGGGCCUGCUGGACGGGAAGCACUGCUCGCUGCCUCACCUGACGGGGAAGACCUUCGUGUUCAACGCGGCGACGGAGCGUCUGGAUCUCUGCGUGGACGCGGCCGGGCACUUCCCCGUGAGCCCGGAGGUGGAGGAGCAGGUGAAGGAGGCGCUGCUGCAGCUGCAGGUGCGCUCCGAGGCCUCCGGGGGCCAACAGAGAGAGCAGCGAGGCGUCCGGCGUGCUGAGGCUCGGAGGAGGAGGCGUGGUUGCGGAAAAAGAGUCGUUUCAGAGCCUCAACGCUUUCCAGGGGAGGGGCCACUCUCUAGGAAGCUCCUCCCCUCCGGAGCACCGUCCAAUCACGCGGCAGCACAGCAGUGGCGUGGACCUGGAGCUCCAGCGUGACACGAGGAGCUCCAGAUUUGUCUCAGAUCCCAGAGCUGGUGCGCAUGGCGCCGGGCUUCGUGAGGAUGAAGGAGGGGCGGGGCGCCCAGACCCGGUCUGAUUGGAGCAGCAGCGCCGCCAGCUGCAGGACAUGGUGUCCAGCAUCCAGGCCUCCAUGGAGCGGCACCUGAGGGAGGGGACCACCACCAACACCGUCAGAAGCCACAACCAACGUCUGCGGAUCAACAACCGUCUGUAAAACAACAACCAAAUUUCUGCAGAACAACAACCAACGUCUGUGGAAAAACCUCCGGACGGGAAACCGGACCCCAAGGAGGAACCGGAGCAGAUGGAGAGCCAGGAGGCGGGGCCUGAUGGUGCCAUCGAGCCAAUGGAUCACUCCUGAUCACUUCCUGAUCACUAAAUACUUCACUUCCUUCCCGCCUCUUCGCUCGGAACGACUGCUUCUUCGUGUUUCCGUCGUCUUCGCUGCAUCUCUCAGCGAUACGUCAUCCUCACUCUGCUGCUACACUAACGCAGUGUGUGUGGUGUGUGUGUGUGUGUGUGUGUGUGUUGUAAAUAGACUCUAUGCACUUUGCUACACACACAUGGACCUUUCACUUUAACUGCAGUAAAAAACACGGCGUUCAGAAUUUAGCUCCUGCUUCUCCUUCUGUCUGCUGUGACGAUGUAAUUCACCGCAUUUUGGCACCACAUUCAAAACAGAUCGGAGGCUCGAGACGCUGCAUUCCUGUAGAUAGAAAACUCUUCUUUCUGUUUUUUUGGGGGGGGGGGUCAUGCAGACAUGCUUCAUAAAGAAACGCCGCCUCGACGCCUUCAUCGUCGUCUGAGAAACUGAUCUGAUCCCUUGAUAUUUAACGUCUGAAGCUCUGUGCCGCCUGCAGGUCAGUUUUAAACCUCGAAAGCGUUUUAUUUACCGUUUGAAAACAGACACGUGAAGCAGGAUAUCAGUUUGGGUGUAAACGCUUGAAAUGCCAAGAGAUGUGAGGUCAUUCAGAGAGACAAGUUAUUUUUACUGUAAAUAACAAAUAAUGUAAAAAAUAAUAGUUUGGCCGAUGUGUUGUAAUCAGAUAUUUGAGACAAUUCUGGAUCACGUAAAUUCAAAGUGACACAUUCGCCUCUAAAAGCUCCACAAACAUGUUGAAUGAAUGUCCCAAUUCUUCCCAAGCAGCCGUACGUUGUAUAUUUCAGAUUCAGAGUUUAAUAUCGACUGGAUGUUUGUAUAAAACACACGUUUGAACAUAAAGACAGAAACUGCAGUUACUCCUAGUCUCCUCAGGUGGCACUGCCUCCUCGUUUGCACGGCUCUGUAGUUUCCUGCCUGUGGAAGCAGAGAAACUACAGAGCUGGAUUUGUUUGAAAAAACACAACAAAAAACUAUUUUUUGCCUUAAAGUUGAAUUUCUAAUGUGCGUAAAAUCCUCCAAAAGCACUUCCUUUGGCUUCAGAAUGAGGACCCUUUAAUCUGAUGGACCUCCAGAAUAUUAACCCUUCAUCAAACCAACCUGAGAACGUUUCCAGACGAUCAGAAACCGGAAGACACGGGAAAUAUUAUUAUGGAGGAAAAAAAAACUCCAUUUUGUUUUCAUUUAUUUAGAUUUUUGUAUUUAGAAAGGCCCCAAAGGAUGCUGGGAAAUGGAGUCUUUUAAAAGCAUCUAAUCGCAGGAGGUAGUGUAUAAGUGAGGUGGCCUUCACUGUCAGUGGUUAAUGUUGACACACACACACACACACACACAACACACACACACACACACACACCACACACUCUCACACACACACACACACACACACACACACACACACACACACACACACACACACACACACCAUCUGAUAUUUGGUGAAUCCCCCUGACCUUCCCCAAAAUGACUGGAAACGGAGGGAACUGCUAGCAUGGCUCCGUGUGACGGAAAAGUUGUGGUUGUACAGGUGUUCUGUGUCAGGUUAUAAAUAUAUGCUAAGCUAAACACACAAAUUAAACAAAAGGAAUUGUAUUUUCUAAAAUAACGAACCUUAGAAAAUGGCUAAAAGUCAAAAAUGUUUUUCAGGAAAUCUGUUCGUUUCACACCUUGAGUUUCACAACGAGUCUUAUUAGUUUGAGAUCUCAUGUUCGACCCUGUUUUAGUUUCAUCUGUUGUGUUUGAAACAGAUCUAAAGAUGUGAUCGGUUCUUUAACUCUCGGCUCGAUGAGGUUUUGCGGUGGGAUUGUGCACUUUUGUUCGAGGAGAAGAGGAACGUUAGCGUAGCAUGCUAACGCUCACAGACAGAGACGUUGGGCGGAAAGGGAAACAAUGACGCGCUGCUGCAACUUGAAGUUUUUUCUUUGAGCCGUACACUGACAUGAAUGUAACCCAGUUGUAUAAAAGUAUAUAUUGUAGUAUAUUGGGACCUGUACAGAAACUGCAGAUUCAGUUCCUUCACCUGUGUUUGUUUUUUGUUUACUUCUCUCUGGUUUGCUAAUAAAAUAUCCUUGGUACACGGCUUGGCUGUUUGCAUGUGUGAUGCAUUUUCAACCCGACAAUAAAAUCACUUCCUUCACUUGUU